CUUAGGCUGAAUUGGCCACUUUUUAUGCUGCAUAAAACAUUGACAUUACUGUUAAAGCCGUCCAGUGAUUUCUGACUCAUCGAAGAAUGUUUUAAAUUUGUUUCACUCUACCUAAUCAUAUUUGUAUCAACCAAUUUUAAAGUAAUAAUACUUAAUAGUACCUACAUAUUUCAAAAUUAUUAAUAUUCGGAAAAAAAUAAAAUUGUGAGUAAGAUCUAUAACAAUUAUGCACAAGAAUAAUAUUUUGAAAUGAAUCGUGAAAUGUCGGCUGAUGAAUCUGUUCAGGCAGAAGCAAGCAAUAAUUCGAUACCAAAAAAUAAAACUGGAUCCACGCUGAAUGAGCCACAACGAACAAAAAGUUUAGAAGAAGCUACACAGGAAAAUUAUAUGUGUAGUAUUUGCUUAUCAUGGCUCGAAGAUCCAGUCCUUACAAAAUGUGGACAUCGUUUUUGUUCAAGUUGCCUAAACGAAUGGAGAACAAAGAAGAACUCAAAAUGCCCAAUGGAUAGCCAUGAUUUAAAUAUAGAGGAUAUAUUUCCAGAUAAUUAUACCAAGAGACAAAUAACAGAGAUCCGAAAGAGCUUUCCAGAAGAGCUAAAUCGUCCGAAUGUGAUGAUUGAAUGUAGAUUUUCAACUUUAUCGUGCGAUUUUAAAACAACAUCUGCGGGCGAAUUGGAUCUCCAUAUGAAGGAGGGAACAAAAGAGCAUAUUGAUUUAUUACUAAGUAGCUACUUAAGAACACAAUAUCAAGCAUGGGAUCCACUGGAUAAAAGCCAAAGUAAUGAUAAAGAAGAAUUUUUUCGACAACAAUCUUCAACAAGGGAUUUAAUAAAUGCUAUGUUUGAACGCAUCGUAAUCUUAGAGCAGCAUACGCGAGAGCAAGCUAUUAAAAUAGAAGCGCUUCAGUCUACAGAGAAAAGACAUGGAACACUUGUUUGGAAAAUUGAAGACUUUAAACGGAAAGUAGAGUCAAUGCAAAAUAAUUCUAAUAUGAUGUUUUAUAGCACAGACGCGUAUACUUCUCCAGAUGGAUAUAAAUUUUGUGCAAGAAUUAAUUUGUCACAUAAAAUGAGAGAUUAUUUAAGUCUUCACGUGCAUCUACGGAAAGGCGAAAAUGAUUAUCAUUUAUCUUGGCCAUUCAUUGGACGAAUAAAGAUUUCAAUGAUCCAUACUAAGAACGCAGCAUUAAGUCAACAUGAUUGUAUUAUGAGUAAACCAGAAAUUUUAGCAUUUCAUCGACCUAAUGAAGAAAUCAGCUGUAGAGGGUUCGGUUUUACUGAAUAUGCUAUAAUUAGUGAUAUUAUCAAAAGAGGAUUUAUUGAAAAUGACUGUCUAGUGAUUAAAAUACAAAUGAAUAUUGUUUAACAAAAAUCUCUCAAAUACCUAAAUUGAGGUAAUUCGGGUAAUUCCAUGAUUUAGAUUCGGAAAAAUUGUUCAAAAAUUCAAAAAUAACACAUAUUAAUUAAAUUUCAUCUUUUGAAUACCAGAUUAAAGAUCUUAACUUAAGGCAUAUUCAGUGAAAAUAUCUCGUUUCAAUUUGAUGUCUAACUCCUUUAUUCUCA